CAAUUUUCAAAGCUAUUGUCUAUAAAAGCAAGGAGCACGAGGAUGUCACAAAGCGAAAGUCAACGAAAAUGAAGGAACUUUUGAUGGUAGCGUCGUUAUUGUUGAGCGGGGUAGUGGCUGAGCCGCAAGCUCCUUACCCCCCGAGUGGUUGGAGGCCAAAUGGACCAGCCUUCGAAUUACCAGAGCAAAGACCACAAUCAUUGACGCCUCAAAAACAGCAAUAUCUACCACCUGUUGAUCCUAGAAGGCCUCUACUGCCCAACAAUUUUGAUGACGCUGUCGAUGUCUCCGUUCAAGGACUACCAGUGCCUGAACAGCAGCCCAUAUUCCAACUGUCACCCAUUAAUGGGCAACAAUACACUGGACCUAGCAUUAACGCAGACGUUGGAAAACUGAAUCCCAGUUUUCAACAGGCGCAGUAUCAGCAACAGUUAGAAAAAGCACGCCAGUUUGCAAGGCAGAGAGAGUUUGAGGCCACCCGUGCUAAUAUUCCUUCAAAAGGACUACCAAAUCAACAAUCACCUAGACAAUUCGCUUUCCAAACCACAUCAACUACGACCACUACCCAAGCACCCGAACUUAAAACAUCAAAAGCAGAAACCACAACCGAAUCUUUUGAUUUGAAUGAAGGUGAAAGCUUAGAUGAUGCAAAUGACGCACAAGAUCAAAAGCAAAAGGUCUCUGUUGAAGUGUCCAAACAAAAUUUACAGGAAUAUCCGGCUGAAUUGUUUUUGCGUCCUCUAAGUCAGCUUAAUACGCAGCCACAGUUUAUAUCUUUAGCACAAUUAGGUCAAUUGAGAGGACCACUUUACUAUCAACCUGAACAAGUUGCACCUGUAACUCAGGGUUUUGAUGGUCCAGCUCAUCUAUCUGCUUUGCCUUCAGUUUUAGCACAGAGUCAAUUAAGUCAAAAAGCUGUAGCUCAAAAUCCAAAUUUUGCUCAAAAUCCUAUAAUAGUACAACAGGAACAAGCACCUCUAAUUCAGGAACCUUUAAACCAAUAUCAGCCAAUAAUUAAUGCGUAUCAAACCGCACAACCACAGGCUCAAGCUUUUCCUCAAUACCAACCACAACCAUUUAUUGUUCAACCGCAAAUUCUUAAUCAAGUUCAACCUAAUCAAUUCCCUCAGCAACAACAACCAAAUCAAUUUGCGCAACCAGAGCAACCUAAUGUUUUUGCGCAACCACAACAACCAAAUCAAAUCAUGCAACCACAACAACCUAAUGUUUUUGUGCAACCUCAACAACCAAACCAAUUUCUGCAACCACAACAACCAGGUAUUUUUGCACAGCCACAACAACCGAAUCAAUUCCUCCAACCACAACAACCAAAUCAAUUUCUGCAACCACAGCAACCAAAAGACGUUGAAGAAAUAGAGCAAAAUGACCAACAAGUUGUAUAUCAAAAUUAUCAGCCUCAGUUCUAUCAACCACAAUUGCCGGCAAAUCAAUAUCAAAAUCCAGAACAGCCAUUAUUCCUGGCUCAGCCUGCACUAAAUUAUCAAAAUCAGGAUCAAUUUUACCAGAAUCAAUUCAUACCACAGCAAUACGACCUGACUCAAUACCAAGUACAGCCUCAGCAGGUUUUCCAGGACCAAAAUGCUUUGCAAAGUGGUCUUGAUAUUAAUCAGCAAGGUAACGGUAUAGAACAAGAGGAAGAAACCGAUCAGGAUGAGCAAGAAAAUGAAGGUCCUACAGCGACAGCAGUUGCGACAGCAUUCGGGACAAGAACGCAACCACGUGUCGUUGCUCAAUACGGCGCACCAACAGCACAGGGACAGACCACGACUACUGAAGCGUCAGUUCAGGAGACUGAAAGUGAAGAUGCUCCAGCAAUUGCGCAAGCGACUGCCGUGAGUUCAGGAAGAAGGAACGCUAGAUUCAGAAGCCGUCGCGUGAGACCUGUAUUCACAGUGGACAGAUCUGGUCAUUUAGUGCUUGAACAAAACCAAUGAGAAUGAAAAACAGAAUUAUAAUUA